AUCAUCAGCAUUCCAUAUUUAGUAAAUUAAAAUCAAUAAAUAAUAGUUUUAAUGUCUGCGAUAUACUCAGUCUACACGAAUCGUAAUCAUCAGCCGGGACCUAAGCACUUACCUACGCUCUCUAUCACGCCUCAUGGACAACCUCAUCGUGUACUCUAUAACUAUGUGCACACACAAUUAAACACAGAGAAUUAUCUUCUAACCCCUUCAAAGAAAGGCGAUCUUUGCGUGGCGAAAAUGGAAACGGGCGAAGAUAAUAGAACUUUUAAUUGUGAGGCCAGCAGAAGCCUCAAAUGGUUCAUAUCAAAUGCUGGAGUUAUGAAUCCUGUUUAUAAAGUGAGCCUACCAAAUCCGAGGAUAGAUGGUGAUGAUUUGCCAUUAUUCCAAGUAAGCAAACCUAAUCCACAUGCAAACUUUUGGUCUUUGUUUUACUUUGCAUAUGCAGGACAUCAAAUACCACCAAAACGACUUGAAUUUGGUAGAGUGAUGAAAACGACAACAGAAAGUAAACAAAGUGAAGUGAAAAUCACGAUCACUGGUAAAUCGAAGGAAGAGAAAGCAGUUUGGCAAACUCUAGGCGACGGCAAUGAGGAUGCAGUCGAAUGGGUUGUACUCUGUACCGUACUUAACCUUUUGGAUGAUCAAAUAAAGAAGUCACCGUCUGAAAUUCCAACUAUGCAACCUCAGUCACAUAUGAAUAAUAUAGUUAAGCCACAAGCUACGAUGAUGCCUAGACCACCAAUCAGGGACCCAUUAGCUCAACGCUUGCAUAUUCCGCAACUUGGUCCAAUAAACAAUGGUGGUGAGUUAUCAGGGCAGUUACCAAUGUCAAGGAAGCUAUGAAGUUCAAGGAAGAUCAAGGCCAGGUAAUAUACUUAAAGUAAUGUCAAUUAAUGCUUAAAAUUUAUUCCAAUUUUUGUAUAUUUUGUAAAUUAG